AGACGGAGCCUGGGCUCCCAGCGGCAAGGUGAGGCAGAGCUGCGCUCCUCGCUGAACGCGGGCCGAGCUCGGCGGCUGCGGGGGAGACGCGCAGGAGCCCAGACCGCGACCGAGAGCGGGAGCUAGGCGGGCGGCGGCGGCGGAGGGGGAGCCCGCGAGCCGCCGGGCGGAGAGCCCAAGCCGCGCUGUCGCCGCGCAGGGACGACUUGGCCAACACUCACACACACUCACACACACCCAGCCCGAGCGGGCGCUCGCGGCGAACCGUCAACAUGGCGCUGGGGCUCCUGCCCGAGCGCGGGCGGCGGCGGCAGCGCGGGAGCUGCUGAGCUCGGCCAAGCCCAGUCCAGCUGCGGGAGCCCGGAGGAUCGCACGGGGCUGUCGCCACCUGCCCGGAGGCCCCGAGCCCGCCCCGCCCCGCCCCCACCCGGCCCAGAGCCCACCCCUCGGCGGGGCCGACCCCGAGGGCAGCCGGCUGCCAGCAGACGGCGAGGGAGUCGAGUGAGCGCGGCGCCGCGAGCGGGCUGCGGGCAGCCGGGGACCGCAAACUUUGCUGCUCGCCGCGCUUCUCCGGCCCGGCUCCUUCUCCGCUCGUUAACGUCGCCAACCCCCCCCACCCCUCAUAUCUCUCUCCACCCACCCAACCGCCCCCCGCUCCUUCUCGCCGCCUCGAGUCCGCUCGGGGGAAAACUUCAAAGCGCCGGAUCGCAGGCUCCCUGCCUACUCCCCCACCGGGGAUUUCAGACUAGACGCUUGAAGCAAAGCUGCCAUCCCAGAAGACGACAUGCUCUCAGCAACCCCCCUGUAUGGGAACGUUCACAGCUGGAUGAACAGCGAGAGGGUCCGCAUGUGUGGGGCGAGCGAAGACAGGAAAAUCCUUGUAAAUGAUGGUGACGCUUCAAAAGCCAGACUGGAACUGAGGGAAGAGAAUCCCUUGAACCACAACGUGGUGGAUGCGAGCACGGCCCAUAGGAUCGAUGGCCUGGCAGCACUGAGCAUGGACCGCACUGGCCUGAUCCGGGAAGGGCUGCGGGUCCCCGGAAACAUCGUCUAUUCUAGCUUGUGUGGACUGGGCUCAGAGAAAGGUCGGGAGGCUGCCACAAGCACUCUAGGUGGCCUUGGGUUUUCUUCGGAAAGAAAUCCAGAGAUGCAGUUCAAACCGAAUACACCCGAGACAGUGGAGGCUUCUGCCGUCUCUGGAAAACCCCCAAAUGGCUUCAGUGCUAUGUACAAAACACCGCCUGGAAUACAAAAAAGUGCUGUAGCCACAGCAGAAGCGCUGGGCUUGGACAGGCCUGCCAGCGACAAACAGAGCCCUCUCAACAUCAAUGGUGCUAGUUAUCUGCGGCUGCCCUGGGUCAAUCCUUACAUGGAGGGUGCCACGCCAGCCAUCUACCCUUUCCUCGACUCGCCAAAUAAGUAUUCACUGAACAUGUACAAGGCCUUGCUACCUCAGCAGUCCUACAGCUUGGCCCAGCCGCUGUAUUCUCCAGUCUGCACCAAUGGGGAGCGCUUUCUCUACCUGCCGCCACCCCACUACGUUGGUCCCCACAUCCCAUCGUCCUUGGCAUCACCCAUGAGGCUCUCGACACCUUCGGCCUCCCCAGCCAUCCCGCCUCUCGUCCAUUGCGCAGACAAAAGCCUCCCGUGGAAGAUGGGCGUCAGCCCUGGGAAUCCUGUUGAUUCCCACGCCUAUCCUCACAUCCAGAACAGUAAGCAGCCCAGGGUUCCCUCUGCCAAGGCGGUCACCAGUGGCCUGCCGGGGGACACAGCUCUCCUGUUGCCCCCCUCGCCUCGGCCGUCACCCCGAGUCCACCUUCCCACCCAGCCUGCUGCAGACACCUACUCGGAGUUCCACAAGCACUAUGCCAGGAUCUCCACCUCUCCUUCAGUUGCCCUGUCAAAGCCAUACAUGACAGUUAGCAGCGAGUUCCCCGCGGCCAGGCUCUCCAAUGGCAAGUAUCCCAAGGCUCCGGAAGGGGGCGAAGGUGCCCAGCCAGUGCCCGGGCAUGCCCGGAAGACAGCGGUUCAAGACAGAAAAGACGGCAGCUCACCACCUCUGUUGGAGAAGCAGACCGUUACCAAAGACGUCACAGAUAAGCCACUAGACUUGUCUUCUAAAGUGGUGGAUGUAGAUGCUUCCAAAGCUGACCACAUGAAAAAGAUGGCUCCCACGGUCCUGGUUCACAGCAGGGCUGGAAGUGGCUUAGUGCUCUCCGGAAGUGAGAUUCCGAAAGAAACACUAUCUCCUCCAGGAAAUGGUUGUGCUAUCUAUAGAUCUGAAAUCAUCAGCACUGCUCCCUCAUCCUGGGUGGUGCCCGGGCCAAGUCCUAACGAAGAGAACAAUGGCAAAAGCAUGUCGCUGAAAAACAAGGCAUUGGACUGGGCGAUACCACAGCAGCGGAGUUCAUCAUGCCCGCGCAUGGGCGGCACCGAUGCUGUCAUCACUAACGUUUCAGGGUCAGUGUCGAGUGCGGGCCGCCCAGCCUCCGCAUCACCCGCCCCCAAUGCCAAUGCAGAUGGCACCAAAACCAGCAGGAGCUCUGUAGAAACCACACCAUCCGUUAUUCAGCACGUGGGCCAGCCCCCGGCCACUCCUGCCAAGCACAGUAGCAGCACCAGCAGCAAGGGCGCCAAAGCCAGCAACCCAGAACCGAGUUUCAAAGCAAACGAGAACGGCCUUCCACCAAGCUCUAUAUUUCUGUCUCCAAAUGAUGCAUUCAGGUCCCCACCAAUUCCCUACCCCAGGAGUUACCUCCCUUACCCAGCCCCCGAGGGCAUUGCUGUAAGUCCCCUCUCCUUACAUGGCAAAGGACCUGUCUACCCUCACCCAGUUUUGUUACCCAAUGGCAGUCUGUUUCCUGGGCACCUUGCCCCAAAGCCUGGGCUGCCCUAUGGGCUUCCCACCGGCCGUCCAGAGUUUGUGACCUACCAAGAUGCCCUGGGGUUGGGCAUGGUGCAUCCCAUGUUGAUACCACACACGCCCAUAGAGAUCACUAAAGAGGAGAAACCAGAGAGGAGAUCCCGGUCCCAUGAGAGAGCCCGUUACGAGGACCCAACCCUCCGGAAUCGGUUUUCCGAGAUUUUGGAAACUAGCAGCACCAAGUUACAUCCAGAUGUCCCCACCGACAAGAACCUAAAGCCGAACCCCAACUGGAAUCAAGGGAAGACUGUUGUCAAAAGCGACAAGCUUGUCUACGUAGACCUUCUCCGAGAAGAACCAGAUGCUAAAACUGACACAAACGUGUCCAAACCCAGCUUUGCAGCAGAGAGUGUUGGCCAGAGCGCUGAGCCCCCCAAGCCCUCAGUUGAGCCGGCCCUGCAGCAGCACCGUGAUUUCAUCGCCCUGAGAGAGGAGUUGGGGCGCAUCAGUGACUUCCACGAAACUUAUACUUUCAAACAGCCAGUCUUCACCGUAAGCAAGGACAGUGUUCUGGCAGGUACCAACAAAGAGAACCUAGGGUUGCCAGUCUCGACUCCAUUCCUGGAGCCACCUCUGGGGAGCGAUGGCCCUGCUGUAACUUUUGGUAAAACCCAAGAGGAUCCCAAACCAUUUUGUGUGGGCAGUGCCCCACCAAGUGUGGAUGUGACCCCCACCUAUACCAAAGAUGGAGCUGAUGAGGCUGAAUCAAAUGAUGGCAAAGUUCUGAAACCGAAGCCAUCUAAGCUGGCAAAGAGAAUCGCCAACUCAGCGGGUUACGUGGGUGACCGAUUCAAAUGUGUCACUACCGAACUGUAUGCAGAUUCCAGUCAGCUCAGCCGGGAGCAACGGGCAUUGCAGAUGGAAGGAUUACAAGAGGACAGUAUUUUAUGUCUACCCGCUGCUUACUGUGAGCGUGCAAUGAUGCGCUUCUCAGAGUUGGAGAUGAAAGAAAGAGAAGGUGGCCACCCAGCAACCAAAGACUCCGAGAUGUGCAAAUUCAGCCCAGCCGACUGGGAAAGGUUGAAAGGAAAUCAGGACAAAAAGCCAAAGUCGGUCGCCCUGGAGGAGGCCAUUGCAGAACAGAACGAAAGUGAGAGAUGCGAGUAUAGUGUUGGAAACAAGCACCAUGAUCCCUUUGAAGCCCCAGAGGACAAAGAUCUUCCUGUGGAGAAGUACUUUGUGGAGAGGCAGCCUGUGAGUGAGCCUCCCGCAGACCAGGUGGCCUCGGACAUGCCGCACAGCCCCACCCUCCGGGUGGACAGGAAACGCAAAGUCUCAGGUGACAGCAGCCACACUGAGACCACUGCGGAGGAGGUGCCAGAGGACCCUCUGCUGAAAGCCAAACGCCGACGAGUCUCUAAAGAUGACUGGCCUGAGAGGGAAAUGACAAACAGUUCCUCUAACCACUUAGAAGACCCACAUUAUAGUGAGCUGACCAACCUGAAGGUGUGCAUUGAAUUAACAGGGCUCCAUCCUAAAAAACAACGCCACUUGCUGCACCUUAGAGAACGGUGGGAGCAGCAGGUGUCGGCAGCAGACGGCAAACCUGGCCGGCAAAGCAGGAAGGAAGUGACCCAGGCCACUCAGCCUGAGGCCAUUCCUCAGGGGACUAACAUCACUGAAGAGAAACCUGGCAGGAAAAGGGCAGAGGCCAAAGGCAACAGAAGCUGGUCGGAAGAGUCUCUUAAACCCAGUGACAAUGAACAAGGCUUGCCUGUGUUCUCCGGCUCUCCGCCCAUGAAGAGUCUUUCAUCCACCAGUGCAGGCGGCAAAAAGCAGGCUCAGCCAAGCUGCGCACCAGCCUCCAGGCCGCCUGCCAAACAGCAGAAAAUUAAAGAAAACCAGAAGACAGAUGUGCUGUGUGCAGACGAAGAAGAGGAUUGCCAGGCUGCCUCCCUGCUGCAGAAAUAUACCGACAACAGCGAGAAGCCAUCGGGGAAGAGACUGUGCAAAACCAAACACUUGAUCCCUCAGGAGUCCAGGCGGGGAUUGCCACUGACAGGGGAAUACUACGUGGAGAAUGCCGAUGGCAAGGUGACUGUCCGGAGAUUCAGAAAGCGGCCGGAGCCCAGUUCGGACUAUGAUCUGUCACCAGCCAAGCAGGAGCCAAAGCCCUUCGACCGCUUGCAGCAACUGCUACCAGCCUCCCAGUCCACACAGCUGCCAUGCUCAAGUUCCCCUCAGGAGACCACCCAGUCUCGCCCUAUGCCGCCGGAAGCACGGAGACUUAUUGUCAAUAAGAACGCUGGCGAGACCCUUCUGCAGCGGGCAGCCAGGCUUGGCUAUGAGGAAGUGGUCCUGUACUGCUUAGAGAACAAGAUUUGUGAUGUAAAUCAUCGGGACAACGCAGGUUACUGCGCCCUGCAUGAAGCUUGUGCUAGGGGCUGGCUCAACAUUGUGCGACACCUCCUUGAAUAUGGCGCUGAUGUCAACUGUAGUGCCCAGGAUGGAACCAGGCCUCUGCACGAUGCUGUUGAGAACGAUCACUUGGAAAUUGUCCGACUACUUCUCUCUUAUGGUGCUGACCCCACCUUGGCUACGUACUCAGGUAGAACCAUCAUGAAAAUGACCCACAGUGAACUUAUGGAAAAGUUCUUAACAGAUUAUUUAAAUGACCUACAGGGUCGCAAUGAUGAUGACGCCAGUGGCGCUUGGGACUUCUAUGGCAGCUCUGUUUGUGAACCAGAUGAUGAAAGUGGCUAUGAUGUUUUAGCCAACCCCCCAGGACCAGAAGACCAGGAUGAUGAUGACGAUGCCUAUAGCGAUGUGUUUGAAUUUGAAUUUUCAGAGACCCCCCUCUUACCGUGUUAUAACAUCCAAGUAUCUGUGGCUCAGGGGCCACGAAACUGGCUACUGCUUUCGGAUGUCCUUAAGAAAUUGAAAAUGUCCUCCCGCAUAUUUCGCUGCAAUUUUCCAAACGUGGAAAUUGUCACCAUUGCAGAGGCAGAAUUUUAUCGGCAGGUUUCUGCAAGUCUCUUGUUCUCUUGCUCCAAAGACCUGGAAGCCUUCAACCCUGAAAGUAAGGAGCUGUUAGAUCUGGUGGAAUUCACGAACGAAAUUCAGACUCUGCUGGGCUCCUCUGUAGAGUGGCUCCACCCCAGUGAUCUGGCCUCAGACAACUACUGGUGAGCAAGCUGGACCCACCAUGUACAGUGUGUUAUAGUGUUAAUCCUUGUGCAUAUGUGUCAUAAUACAACUAUUUCUGUAAAGAAAGGACACUAUUACAUAUGAAAAUAUCUCUUCUUUAUAUAAGAGAAAUUACUCCAGUCAGAAGGACUUAGAAACAUGUUUUUUUCCUUUUAAACUUUUAAGUCAGUUUUUAUGAAGUUGUUAUAAUGUUUCUUUACUUUUCAAUGCACACAUGCUUUGGGAUACGUUUGUUUUUACUUGGAACAUUUGUUUCUUUUCUUUUUUAAGGAGAAAAAAAAAUGAGUAAAAGGAGCUCCACACUUUGACUUAAUUUCAUACAAAGCUCUGAUGACAGGCCAUGACUGUAGAGUGGUCAGAACUGUGUGGUUGGUUUGAGGGAGCGAAUUCGGGGAAGGCACUUGGUGAUAUAACUUUGUUUUGUUUACAGAGUACCUGCUCGGGCCAGGUAAAUGCUAUUGGAUGUAAUCCAGUAGUGUGUAAUAUAAAUUCAAACCAUAUCCACACACAACAACUAAUUGUAUGAAACUUUUAUAUCCUAAUUUAAAAGCUGUGAAAUUAGUUUUCACGCAUCAAACCGGAUUGUUUAUAUGUUUAAACAUUUUAUGCUCUUAUUUAAAGAAGACUUUGAGCUAUUUUUUUCUGUACCCUGUAAAAUAUUGAAAACUAACAUAAUAUGUUGAGGUUGCUUGGAAAUGUACAUAAAACUAAAAUUUUCUGAAUUGUGUGUUUAUGUUUGAAAUCUGUGUUUUAACUUUGUAAGUAAAUUCUCUGCCUUUGUAUUUAUAUUUUACAAAAAUUUUCUUAAAAGGCAAUAAAACUGUUGAGGAAAGGAGAAAAUUGAA